UUAUCCAUCUCUGUAAAACUUGUCAUCUUUAUAAGUUGGGCACGCUAUUUCUUUUAAUUCACUUUAUUGUUCAUUCAUGGAGAAGAGAAAUUACAACCCAAAAAAAUUCAAGGUCAAUCUCAAAAAUCUUCCUCCUUUAGACCCUUCUACCAUCUCCCCAUCAUCCAAGGUUAAGUAUGAGAAACACAAACCAAAUUCAAGAGCUUUUGCACCUCGAAUGGUGAAGGCUUGGCCUAAAGAGGAAACAGAAGUGGCAGAUUUUGAUGAUGCCCCAAAAAUUCCACAAAUUUUGAACGUUGGAGAUGGAAGUUUUUGUUCUACCAAGUACAUAGACCCCAAUAGCACUAGCAAUAUCACCGCAAAGAAUAUUGAAAGCAGCACGGUGAAUGAAGUUUGUUACAGUGAAUCCAAAAAUGAAGAUGCUCCAGUUAAGGUCUCAGCAAAGUCACAAUUGCACGAGGUCUGCGCUGCAGACAAUUGGAAGCCUCCUUUGUUUCCAGUUAAGGUCUCGGCAAAGUCACAAUUGCACGAGGUCUGUGCUGCAGACAAUUGGAAGCCUCCUUUGUUUCCAGUUAAGGUCUCGGCAAAGUCACAAUUGCACGAGGUCUGUGCUGUAAACAAUUGGAAGCCUCCUUUGUUUGAAUGCUGCAAAGAGGAAGGACCUGACCACUUGAAAUUGUUCACCUACAAGGUGACAUUUGUUAUAGAAUCCUCAAAAACCUUCUUGGAGAGCUUCGGUGCUCCUCAGCCCAAGAAAAAAAUAGCAGCAGAGCAUGCAGCUGAAGGGGCAUUGUGGUACUUGAACCAUUUGGGUUAUUUUCCAAUUGAGAAACGAAAUUCAACUAACAAAUUUCAAGCACACACUUAGAUUAGAUCUUCUCUUUCCUCUUACACGAAUAUAGGCUAGUAGCAAGAAAUUGUAGCGGAUUUGUUGUUUGGUUGAACCUUUGGUAUAAUUUGUUCAAGCAACACGCAUAUUCAAAAUUGUAAAUCUUUGUUCAGCUUACCACUUAUAGAGGAAAUAAAAUGUACAUUGUCCUAUGUUAUUUGCAGUAGCCUCUGUGUUGGCAUUAGCAGUGACUUCUGUUUUAUUAGUAGUAGUCUUUUUUAAAACAACUUUGAUGUAAAUUUUUAACUGAAAUUCAGAAUUGAAUAAAGGCAUGCUCCAAUAUCUGGCUUUUACACUAGUGACUAAUCCAAGUUUACUUCAUUUCUCAUUCAGCUUUUUUGUCGUCAUAGGAUGGUUCACCUUAGAGAUUAUUGUUAAUAAUAAAGCAGCCUUAAGAACAAUUUUUGAGUGCUAAAAGAAAUCACAGUUGAUCAUGCUGUUUAUGAUAAAUUUUGUAUGUUCUAAGCAUAAUUAAGAGUUUGAGAGUUUUCAGAAUCCAGUUUUACAUAUACGACAUAGAAAUCAAAAACUUAAACCAUGGAUAGAUAGAUUCUAAAUUCUGUCUAUAUUUUAUUUUCUUGUCUCUUUUUUAUUUUUUUAUUUUCGUGGCUGUUUCUGUGGCUA